AACAUGAGGAGGGAGAACCAGAGCAGCCUGUCCGAGUUCCUCCUCCUGGGGCUCCCCAUCCAGCCAGAGCAGCAGGGCAUAUUCUUCACCCUGUUCCUGGGCAUGUACCUGACUACAGUGCUGGGGAACCUGCUCAUCAUCCUGCUCGUCAGGCUGGACUCUCGCUUUCACACGCCUAUGUACUUCUUCCUUAGCCACUUGGCCUUCACUGAUGUUUCCUUUUCAUCUGUCACAGUUCCAAAGAUGCUCAUGAACAUGCAGACUCAGCAACAAUCCAUUCCCUAUGUGGGGUGCAUUUCACAGGUGUAUUUCUUAAUAUUUUUUGGUUGUCUUGACAAUUUCCUUCUUGCAGUGAUGGCAUAUGACAUGUAUGUGGCCAUCUGUCAGCCACUCCACUACUCUACUGUCAUGAGGCAGGAGCUAUGUAUCUCAUUAGUGGCUGGAUCUUGGUUCUUCUGUUACAUUCAUGCCCUGUUGCACACCCUCCUCUUGGUCCAACUGUCCUUCUGUGAUAAUACCAUCCCUCACUUCUUUUGUGACCUCACUGUGCUCCUGAGGAUAAGCUGCUCAGACAUCUCUCUCAAUGAGCUGAUCAUCUUUACUGAAGGAGGAAUUCUUUUCAUCCUGCCUUUGAGUAGUAUCUUGGGCUCAUAUAUUCAUAUAGGGACAACUGUCCUAAGGGUCCCCUCCACUAAAGGACUCUUUAAAGCCUUUUCUACCUGUGGCUCCCAUCUUUUUGUGGUGUCUGUAUACUAUGGGACACUUGCAGGUGUUUACUUUUUCUCCUUAUCAUGGAACUUUAAUGACAAAGACAUAAUUGCUUCAGUCAUGUACACAGUAAUUACCCCUAUGCUGAACCCCUUUAUCUAUAGCCUGAGGAACAAAGAUAUAAAACAGGCCCUACAAAUAUUUGUCAAUAGGGCUAACUUUUAA